UCCAACAUGAACCAAACGCGUGCGAGUUCCGUUCAGUCGGAAACUCGCAAUAGGCGUUAUAAUGGAGAUGCCUCUCGUGACCGAGGACCGAGUAAUGCAAGGCUCAAUAUUAAUAACAUGCCCUCAUUCGCCAACAAUGCAGUAGUUACCUUAGGUACUGCUAUUGAUAGGCCCGCCACAACCGUAGGGUUUAUCAGUGAGGAUAACGAGAUCAACAAACUAGACGAGCAGCCGGAAUCUCCCUCGUACCACCGAGCUCUUGCUUACGAUGCACUAACGCGAAACACUCGCACGCUGGUCGAUUCGAACCAGAGGAAUAAAUAUCAUGACCCUAGGCAAUCCCAGACCUACCCCCCUAUCUCUCGGCCAGCAUCAGCCGCCCCCAGUCUCAGGGAGGAGCCUAGAAGGCGGAGUAGAGCAGAAGCUAGAGAAGCCUACGAAAUUUCUCUUAUGCAGUACCCGCAGAGGCCAGUCUAUGUACUCCCCCGACGUAACCCGGAGAUAGGUAGAAGUAAGGAGAAGGAUACCACUCUUCCUCAAUCUGAUAGGUAUCGGACGCAAUCAACACCUCCUGAGCAGCGGGGGAGGCCUAAAACCAGACAUGGUCCUAUUGCCCAGAGUGGUAAUAAUGAACCAAAUAUGCCAUCAACGGGCUUCUAUGAGGCUCGUAUAAGGCAGAGUGGUAAUAGGGAUGGUGAUAUCCGACGAAGCGACUUUACUAGCAACAACAACACAUACGCUCUAACCUCCCGAAAUUCAAAUCAAGAUGUGCGUAGCGACGUUCGCAUCUCGCAGAUCACCGAACGGUCGGUAGUCCGAACCCCAUACCUGAGCGCCCAUCGCGGCGACCGGAAUCCGGAAUCUUUGCCGGAGGUCCCCGUUCAUCGAACCAGCACACACACCUCGCAAUCCACCGACCAUUCUUCUUCUUCUUCUUUUUCUUCUUCUCGAUCUUCGACGGCCAGCCGAGGCCGCCGCACGACGAGAACCCGGCCCUCUUCCCCCGCGCCUCACUGCCGUUCCUCUCACUCGCCUUCCGUCGCCUCUGGCUCGAGGCUGUCGCGCGAAGUCAGCCCCUCCCGCGGGGCUUGGAGGUCGGACUGUCCGCAGCAGGAACGAUUGACGUUUAGGGAACGCGCGCGCCAGCGGUUCAGCCAGAACCUGCAUCUGAAUUUGCGGCGGGCAGGCCUCGAGGUGCAAUCUAGUUUUACGGUGCAUAGCGUGGUCAAGACGAGCCGCGAAUAUGUGCCUGCGUCGGCAGCGGCGGCAGCAGCAGCAACGCCGUCGGCGCCAUCAUCCCCACUCGAACCUUCAACUACCCCUACCCCUACCCCUACCCCUACUCCUACUCCUACUCCUACUCCUACUCCUACUCCCACCGCCCCCUGGGGACCGCCCAACACAGCGAAGCCGUUCGCGAUGCAAUGGCGCAACAGCAAGCUAGGGCUAUCCGACGACGACGAGGGGGAGGAACCGCCACCGGUUAUCAUCGCGAAAAGGGAAUACGUGGAUACGACCAACGUCGAUCAUAUGUAUCGACCGGAAGAUUUCGCGGCGCUCGAAGAACGCGCGCGGAAACACCGGCAGACGGAGAAGAAAUGGUCUUUCGACGAGAUUCCCAAGGGUCGUCUCGACGACGCUGCUGCUGCUGCCGCUGCUGCAACAACAACUAACGCGUCGAGAGAGCGCGAGCGCGAUAGCGACGAUAGCGAUAAAUCGCUAUUCUUCCUGGAUGGCGGUGGUGGUAGUAGCAAGACGACGACGAUGACGCCGCCUUCGACGGCCCAUCACGCCGAGUCGUUCUUCGCGACGGAGUGGGCGAGGCAGCAGGCGCAGGAGGCGCUGACGCCGGUGCGCCUGUUGAAUCCGUUCGGCGCCGACGCGGUCGGGACACACGCGGACGCGCCGUCGGACGACCGCGGCAGCUUGCCGAGCCAAUCACGGCAGGGGUCGUUCGACGACGACUCGCUGGUCAUCGCAAAGGGCCUGACUGAGUCGCCUGAGACGAUGGAGCCGGCGGUGCCGCUGCCGCUGCCGGGGUCGGGGGGAGCGCAGCCUCAUCGUCCGGUGCUGAGGCGGAAGCAAGGGAACCCGGCUUUGCGGUGAUGGAUAUUAUCGUUGUUGUGGGGGUUUAGAAUUGUGUAGGACGUCGGCGGAAUUUGGUGUAUUCUCUCGGGGAGUAUUGCUGG